CGUUGAAUGGAGUGAUGAGCGGGGCCCCUGCGCGGGGCACAGUGCCCCGUCGUCAAAGACGCCAUCAUCAUCAUCAACAUCACGAUCACCAUCAUCAUCAUCAUCAUCAUCAUCAGAAGCAUCAGAAGCGUGUCCGGGACAAAGCGUCGCAAGACAGAACGCUGGACGAACCGGAAGAGAAACGGCCGAAAGUCAAUCCGAUCUUCCUCUGGGCGUCGCAGCGCGAGCAGAGGAUCGUCGAGGUGAGAUGCGAGGAUUACGAUAAGCGGAAUCGCAUCAAGCUCACCAAAACCGCGCAAGGAUGGCGCUCGAUACCGCGUACAACGUCCAACAUUUAUACGAUCGCCCUGGCCACUGCCUGCAAGAGGACGACGUCAAGCCCGGUCGAGACGUCGUCGGCCUCCUCGGUCUCGUCCAACGACGAGAAGGAGAAUGGCAAGCGGCAUCAGGAGGUCGCGCCGGCAAACGCGAUGGCAAGCUCCCAUCGGCGUCAUCCGCGAAAAUAUACGGCGAACGGUGCGACGAGCGGUUUGCUUCCUGGCGAAGGCGCAGGCAGGAAGAGACGUUACGACGAAGAGGCGAGUCGACGAGGAUAUUCCUAUCCUCUGGGAGCCCAUGACGGCUCCAAGUGGAAUUCCGGUGGUCAAAGUUGCUCGGACGAGGAUAACGACAACGAAGGUGGGGAAAAAAAUGGCGAGGAGGAUAAGGAUCGCGAACGGAGCAAGGUGGAGGAUCGUCUAUUCAGCUUGAAGAGCAAGGAUAGAUUAGGCGGUCGGGUUAAUUUGGAGAGACUGCAGAAGGACAAGUUGUUCCAACCGCGCGUCGUUCUGGAACAGCUGCAUCUAUCGCAACUUCCCGAGAGCGCGCAUCAAAAUGUCGUUCGCCACGCGAGACCUAAGGACGCGACGGCGAACGAGACGAAGCGAAUGGAGGAAAGUAACGAGCGAAACGAGAAGGACGCAAUCGACGAGGCAGAAGAGGAUGAAGAGGAGGCGGAGGAGGAAGAGGAAGAGGAAGACAGCGGAAAACCGAGUCGCGUGAACAAGACGGGCAUUCAGGACAUAUUGAACAUGAUAGAUGCAACGGCCUCGCCCGUUCUCGCCACCGACACUCCCACCGCUGAUCUACCGGUCGAUUCCACCAAAACCUAUGAAGUUCUUGACGAGAAGCAAUGUGUAGAAAGAAGAGUCAAGGAUACGAAACCCGACCAUGCGAAAGAUAGAUCGAGAAGAGUGUCGGUAUCCAGUUGCCAAGCCGAGAUCAUUGACCAAAAUGAUGAGAUUGACGAUAAACUGGAGGUGCACGAGGAGAAGAUUCUGAAGGAGGAUUGCUGCUUGAAGGAGAUGGUGGACAGAAAGAUUUGCGUAGAGAACAAGGUCGUGCUUCUUUCGCCAGAAGAUAAUUCCAAGACGACGUUGAGUUCCUGUAAAAUCGCGGAAGCUGACGGAGGAUUAGUCGAUCGGUCAACGUGCAGAUCCAACUCCCUGGUCACGUGGCCAAGGAUACCGACCGAGGAGGAGGCGCCAAUGGAGGCCGAGGAGGAGGCGCCGGACGAGCCCGGCGAGCCGGCGAAAAUCGAUUACAACGAUAGCUCGAAGAUCCUCGACGCUCUGAGGAAUACGCCAGGACUCUCGGUGUCCGUGACGAGAAACCACACGUCCGAGAUUGGCAAGAAUCUAGUUGUAUCACCCGCGCGGCCGCCUUCCAAGGCGUCCUCGUCGAGCAGGUCGCCGGAUUCGCAAGCGGAAUGUGUCGAAAAGCUACUGAAGAACUCGAACAAUUUUGUAAAUGACAAUAGCGGACGUAUAAGUUCACCUCGCAACUUACCGGGCCUGUCGAUCAUUAUACCGAGCUAUUGCUAUAGAAAUGCUUCGGGUCAGCUGACGACGACGACCUCGCCGAGUAUGAAACGUCGCGUCGAAUCCCCCGAGAGCACCGUUAGUUUCAACAAGACCGACGCGUAUCCGGAGCAAUUAAAGCUAGACGGAUUUCCCCACGAAGAAGACGAGGACGAAGAAGAAGAUGACUGCGACUCGCAGGUCUUAGAAGAUCUUAAACGGCAAAAGGCAGACUCGUUGGCGUUUGACACCGUUGACACGAAUUACUACAACAAGCCAGGUUCCAGAAUCUCUACUCAGGAAGAUCGCAAAACCUCACUGGAGAACAUGAAGAGCGAUUCGCUCUGGAUCGGCUCCAGCAGAAGCAACGAAGCGCAAGCCAAGUGUAAAUAUCAAGAUCUCGAGCAUUUCGACGAGCAAGUCUUGGAGGAACUACGCUCACGCGGCACUGUAGUUUCUCCUCAACCUAGCGGAAUUCCUUGCUCCCCUGCAUCUCGAAGACCGUCAUCGGCAUACCUCGAGAGGUUACUGCCGAGUCCGCCUUGUUCGGUUUCCUGCUCGGAAGAUGCCAAGAGCGAGUUGACGCUGAAGAGUAUCCUGGCUUCGUCCAGUUGCGUGGAAUCGCGAGACUAUGAGAGAUCGAAGGAGGGAACGUCGACGCGAUUCGAUCAGAGUCUCGAGCCUGUUUCUCGACCCGUGCAUUCGAACAUCGACAAAAACGUGAAGAGGACCGGCAAUCAGCGCAGCUUCCAAGAACGCCUGUACGUUCACAAUCAGGAAACGAGAAGGCCCAUGUCCAGCGGUGACAUCCACAGCACCUUUUACACGGAUCGCGUCGCGCCCAAAAGACCGAUGUCGGUCGAAUGGCAGUGGACCGGACAGCGGCAGAGAGCCAACCAGAUUGGUUACCAAAAAAUCAUCGCUAAAACGAAGAACCACUUCACCGAUCGCCAAAGCCAAAAUCAGAUCGCCUGCGCCACGUCCAGUAGCACGGACAAACUCCUGGACCCGGCCACUCAGUUACGCGAACUUAUCGAGACCGUCGGUCAUCUGAUCCCCGAUCCUCUUCUGGUCCCCCGCGACUAUUUGCCGGGUCUAGCCGCCGCGCCCGCGACGGAGAUUCCCAAGUUGCUGGCCAGUAGACCCGAGUUGAGGUUGCCCGAGGCCCUCACCAAGCCCGAUCUACUCCGGGAUCCCGAUUUACUUGUGAUAUCGCUCGCACAUCUCCAGCACGUGCUGGAUCACGGUGAAGGCCCGGUCUCAAGAGCCCAAUCGCAACAACCUAGGGCCGUUAACGGCGUUAAUGGUCUCAUUAAUAAGGGAUCGUCCGGUCAAAUCAACGGCGCGAGAUGCGGCGGGUCCGUCACCGGCAGACCCAAACUCAGCUGUAAACCGAUCGGCACGUUGAUGCCGGCGCAGCCGAUUGAUCUCUCGAGCGGCGCGAGCCGAUCACGCGUCAAUCCCUAUCCGCCUCUGCUCAGGGUGCGCAGCGGAUUGCUCAAGCAGGAGCCGGAAGUGAGUUCCACCGCGACCUCGCCGGACGAGUCGCAGCUAUGGCACCCGUUAUUCGGCAGCCAGAAGAGGCAGCAGCAGCAGCAGCAGCCGCCGCCACCGCAACAACAGCAGCAGCACUCUUCCUGGCACAGGACCACUCUCGCCUCCUGACCAUCGUGACCUUGACCCUGGCCGCGAGUCCAGCGAUCCUGAAUGGUCUGCACGGAGAAAUGAACCGCGAUGGACGAGGAAUACCGCGACGCCACUUCUUACGCGGAUUCGGCUGCUUACCGGAGGCCGUUUGUACGAGCGACGCGGAGAUAUGCGGACGAAGAAACGCCGGCCGGCGAGAAUCUUUGCGGAAUUAUCGCCGCAGGAUACCCGUUGAAGCGUGUCCUUUUCUCCUCGCGGUGGUGUAGUCGACGCGACGUCGACUCGAUUCCGUUCGUAUAUUUUCGUUUAACCCGCUGUUAGUCGCUCGUUAUUAUAUUCCUAUUUUAUUAUCGUACGCAUAGUCGUUAAAUUAGCUUCUGUCACAAAAGAUGUGAAAAAUAACGAUAUUAAUAAUAGAUUUUAAUUUUUAUUUUAUCAAAAAUAACUCGGAAUUAUAUUACAUUACAUGAAGAUAUUUUUAGCGUGUGUAUAUAUAUAUAUAUAUAUAUAUAUGUAUGGAUUAUCUAUACCUAAAAUUAUGAUAAAACUUGUUUACAUGCCAAAGUAAGGAUGAGAUAAAAUCUAAACGAGACUGACGGUGUGUUAAAAGAUUAAUUACGACAAGCAAUCUUAAUACACACUCGAUAAACAUUCGUAAAUUAUAUAAAGGCAUAAAUCACAUGUGAUAAAAUCAUACGCGAAUGUAGACGAUAAUCGGUUAGUAGGGUAGAGAUUAGAAGUAAUGUAUUUUGACUGAGGAGCUCCACAAACUUCUUAGCGAGUUCAAGUCGAAGAUAUAUUUUUCUGUUAAACUUUUUGUACCGACAAGACGAGCAUUCUCUCUCAUAUCUAUGCAGAACCAAUGCCAAUAAUCAUAAUAGGACCAGUCGCUCUUAUCAAUGGGAAAAAAAAACAAAAAAAAAAAACAAAAAAAAAACAA